CAACUUACAUACAGAGGCGGUUUACACCUACUCUUUUCUCAAAAACCAAAACAUACAAUCCACAUACCUUGUCAAAUACCUCAAUCCGACCUACCUGAAGCUCCUGAUAUGCGAUAUCUGGUAAGAUGGCUGAAAGAGAAUUUGUUAAGUGAAAGACCGGAGAUGUUUGGGGAAGGUGAUAGUGUCCGACCGGGGAUAUUGGUCCUGAUCAACGAUGCCGAUUGGGAGUUAGAAGGAGAGUUAGAAUAUUUAUUGAAAGAUGGUGAUGAGGUGGUUUUCAUUUCGACUUUGCAUGGGGGAUGA